CUCACAAAUUUCAUCCACUCAAUCAUAAUAUCUUUGAUCCAACCAGAAAAGAAAAAAAAAACCAUACUACCCUAUAGUUCACUCAAAAUCUGCAUAUACAUAUCAUCACUUAAUUAAAUAACAUUACUCUCUCUCUCUCUCUCUACAUUUUCUUGAUUCUUCCAAUAACAACAUGGCUGCUGCAGUAACAGCCGCCGUCUCUUUUCCAUACUCCAACUCCACUUCUCUUCCGAUCAGGACAUCUGUUAUUUCCCCAGAUAGACUUGUCUUCAAAAAGGUUUCGUUGAAUAAUGUUUCCAUAAGUGGAAGGUUAACUGUCAGAGCCGAAGUUGCUACAGAAGCACCUGCUCCUGUUAAGGUUGAAAAGAUAUCAAAGAAACAGGAAGAAGGUAUUGUUGUGAACAAGUUUAAACCAAAGACACCAUACAUUGGAAGGUGUCUUCUCAACACAAAGAUCACUGGUGAUGAUGCACCUGGUGAAACCUGGCACAUGGUUUUCAGCACUGAGGGAGAGGUUCCUUACAGAGAAGGACAAUCAAUUGGGAUAGUUCCAGAUGGUAUUGACAAGAAUGGAAAGCCUCACAAGCUGAGAUUGUAUUCAAUUGCUAGCAGUGCUCUUGGUGAUUUUGGAGACUCCAAAACUGUUUCUCUAUGUGUGAAACGUCUUGUGUACACAAAUGAUGCCGGAGAAGUUGUUAAGGGAGUUUGCUCAAACUUCUUGUGCGACUUGAGGCCUGGAUCUGAAGUACAGAUUACUGGUCCAGUUGGUAAAGAAAUGCUUAUGCCAAAAGAUCCAAAUGCCACCGUCAUCAUGUUGGGAACUGGUACUGGAAUUGCCCCAUUCCGUUCAUUUUUAUGGAAAAUGUUCUUCGAGAAGCAUGAAGAUUACAAGUUCAAUGGUUUGGCAUGGCUCUUCUUGGGUGUCCCCACAAGCAGCUCACUGCUUUAUAAGGAGGAAUUUGAAAAGAUGAAGGAGAAAGCGCCUGAGAACUUCAGGCUCGACUUUGCUGUGAGCAGAGAACAAGUAAACGACAAAGGAGAGAAAAUGUACAUUCAAACCAGAAUGGCUCAAUAUGCAGAAGAGUUGUGGGAAUUACUGAAGAAAGACAACACUUUUGUUUACAUGUGUGGACUGAAAGGAAUGGAAAAGGGAAUUGAUGACAUAAUGGUUUCACUCGCUGCCAAAGACGGUAUUGAUUGGAUUGAGUACAAGAGAUCGCUGAAGAAGGCAGAGCAAUGGAAUGUUGAAGUCUAUUGAUUUAUUUUCACUUGCAUCGAUAACAAGUUCCACUUUGUGCAGCAGCAUAUUUUAUAUCAUUGUCCUGCAUUCUGUAGAUAGAUUACAACCCUUGUAAUUUUGGUAUGACAAAAAAUUAUACCUUGCUUGUGAACAAUAUUGUUUGUAGAACCGUUGCAAGAAAUAAUUUUGAGGAUCAUGCAAUAUAGAUGAAACCGAGUUUAUCAAUUUCCUGAA